UCUGCGCUGCUCCGACACUUUUGGACUUUAAGGAUUUUGGGAUCCAUUUUAUUUUCAGUUGAAGCUGGUUCCUCUGCUUUGACCCUCCUGACCCUUCGUCUGUCUAGAGCUGUCAUGAGGCACAGCACAUCCAGUCGCCGUAAAGGGGCCACUCCCAAACGCCGCCCACCACCACCAGCCCCCAGCCCUGGGCCCCGUUCCCCCAAACGCAGAGGAGCUGCAGGAGCGCCCUCUGGAGGAACCCCGCGAAAGAGGAGGUACCGCCCAGGGUCCAAAGCUCUCAAAGAAAUCCGUAAAUACCAGAAAAGCACCGACCUGCUGCUGCGCAAAGGGCCCUUCUGCCGCCUGGUUCGUGAAGUCUGUCAGAGUUAUUCUCGAGAGUCAUAUCGGUGGCAGGUCUACGCUCUGCUGGCUCUGCAGGAGGCUGCGGAGGCGUUCCUGGUGAUGCUGUUUUCGGACGCUAACCUCUGUGCGAUUCACGCCAAACGAGUGACUCUUUUCCCACGCGACAUUCAGCUUGCCCGACGCAUCCGCGGAGUCGAGUCCCUCUGAAGAGAUGGAGGACUG